AUUCGACACAGCUGUAAACAUAAAAAUGAUUCUCUCUCUAACUCUCCUCACUCAAUUACUAGUACAGUUGUAGCAAUUGCAAACCCCUCUUACCCGCCUAUUUUCUUUGCCUAUUUCUUUGAGGUUUAUGCUAAAAUAGCGUGGGCACUUUGCUCUUGGUUUUCCAAGAUUGAAGCUUUGCAGUUGAAACACAAACGUUUCACCAAAUGGGGUUAUUUUUUCUUGCUCUUUUCUUGAUGGCAAUUUCUGCAACUUUCGCUGAUGAAGAAGCUGCUUUCAUCGGCGUAAACAUAGGCACUGCCCUCUCCAACAUGCCAGACCCGACCCAAGUGGUGGCACUUUUGAAGUCUCAGCAAAUCCGACAUGUCAGGCUAUUUGAUGCCGACAGAGCAAUGCUACUAGCUCUUGCUAAUACCGGUAUACAUGUUACUGUAUCCGUGCCUAAUGAUCAACUGUUAGGCAUCGGGCAGUCUAAUACCACUGCGGCCAAUUGGGUUUCUCGCAAUAUUCUUGCUUACGUCCCUGCCACCAACAUAACUGCGAUAGCAGUUGGCUCUGAAGUUCUAACCACACUUCCCAAUGCUGCUCCAGUUCUCGUCUCCGCAAUGAGUUUUAUUCACUCUGCCCUCGUGGCUUCUAGUCUUGGCUCCCGCAUUAAAGUUUCCACUCCACACUCGUCUUCCAUAAUCCUUGACCCGUUCCCACCCUCUCAAGCUUUCUUUAAUCGCUCAUGGGAACCCGUCAUGGUGCCAUUGCUCAAGUUUUUGCAAUCUACAGACUCUGUUCUUAUGCUAAAUGUUUAUCCUUAUUAUGACUACAUGAAAGCCAAUGGUGCCAUAUCUUUGGACUAUGCUCUAUUCCGGCCACUUCUUCCAACCAAGGAAGCCGUUGAUCUCAACACGCUCCUUCACUACAUCAAUGUCUUUGAUGCUGUUGUUGAUGCAGCGUAUUUUGCAACAUCAAAUCUGAACUUCACUAACAUUCCCAUUGUAGUGACUGAGUCAGGCUGGCCUUCCAAGGGUGACUCUUCCGAGCCAGAUGCCACUGCAGACAACGCCAACACUUACAAUAGUAACCUCAUCAGGCACAUUCUGAAUAACACGGGAACCCCAAAACAUCCUGGAAUUGCUGUUAGUACUUACAUUUAUGAACUAUACAAUGAGGAUCUUAGGCCGGGACCCAUUUCAGAGAAGAACUGGGGGCUCUUUGAUGGCAAUGGGGUGCCGGUUUAUAUACUGCGCCUGACCGGCUCAGGGACUGUGUUGGCAAACGACACUACGAAUCAAACUUAUUGUGUUGCAAGGGAAGGCGCUGACAGGAAGAUGUUACAGGCAGCAUUGGAUUGGGCAUGUGGGCCAGGCAAAGUUGAUUGCUCUCCUUUAUUGCAGGGGCAGCCGUGCUACGAACCUGAUACCGUUGCUGCCCAUGCUUCGUAUGCUUUUGAUGUAUACUAUCACCGGAUGGCAAUGGGUGAGGGGACCUGUAACUUUAAUGGCGUAGCUACCAUCACCACAACGGACCCAAGUCAUGGUUCUUGCAUUUUUUCGGGAAGUGCGGGAAGAAACAGCACCUUCACAAACACCACAUCCAUCGCUCCAUCAUCCAAUACCACGGUUUCUGGUGGUCAUUCACUCAUUUUGUGCAGCAAAGAUUCUUACGGAAACAAUCUAGUAAUGCUACUUGGUGUCUUGUUAUGGAGUGUCGUAUAUUUGUAAUUAUAUAUCCAGCUUCAUGUCUACGACUAAGUCGUACUUCAAACCCUAAGAUAAGUCCAGCACCCGAUUUUGUUCUCUGCAGAAGAGUUAGGGGUGAGAAUAUCCUUGUAUGAGUAGCUGGGAGUAGUGGUAGAUAAAAUAUUAGUAAUUCAUUCAUUUGUGUAACAAAACAUCAAGUUUGUGAAUGAUUCAUGAUUUGGGGUUUGUGUGGUUCUCAA